GUUCACUGUCCUAGUCGGAAAGAUAUGGACGCAAACUCGUUUAUAAUUAAAUUGCUCAAUAAUAACUAACAAAAUGAUUAAUAAAAUAUUUAAUUCUUAUUUUAAUGCAAGUGUCAAUAUAUGCACACGGGCUGUAUUAAUAAUUAUAAGUGCAAUUAUAUAUCAAACGUUUGUUAUAGUUGAAGUGUUUUUAAAUAGUUUCAAUUUAGUCUACCCGCCGUAUUUAGCGAAACCUAUUGUAUUGAUGCAGUCUACAGUUAUCGACAUCCUGAAAUGUAUAUUAAGUAUAUUAGCCUAUGAGACAGCCAUGAUGAACGGCUUCGUAAGAAGACUUCUUCGGUUUAUGGUGUCUCUAUUGGCGAUCAUAGUAUAUCCACUAACAUUUUUCGUAAAUAUCAAACGGACUAGAAAAUGCCCACCACCCGUAAAUCCUAUACUGUUCAAGUCGGCUACAACCUUAACUAUGAUGAUCAGGAAUAAAGAGAUCACAUCAGAAGAAAUAGUAGCGGCUUACAUAGAAAGAUGCAAAGAAGUCAAUCCAUAUGUGAACGCUAUAGUGGAGCCUCGGUAUGAAGCGGCGAUACGAGAAGCUCGAAGCAUAGACAAAAUGAUAGCUUCAACAGACAAAUCCGCCGAGGAAUUAGCCAAGGAAUAUCCCCUUCUAGGCUUACCCAUGACUGUAAAAGAAAGCAUUGCAGUAGAAGGUAUGAGUAAUGAUUGUGGCACGGUAUACCCAUACAGGAACCCAGCUAAAUCAGACGCAGCUAUUAUAAAAUUGGCGCGAGCAGCCGGAGCCAUUCCUAUUGCUGUAACAAACACUCCACAACUCUGCAUGAACUGGGAGACAUAUAAUAAUGUAUUAGGACUAACUACCAACCCUUAUGAUCAACAACGAACAACAGGUGGAUCAUCUGGUGGCGAAGCGGCAUUGAUCUCGUCAGCGGCCUCAGUCAUGGGAGUCGGUUCGGAUAUUGCUGGAUCACUAAGACUUCCUCCCAUGUUCACUGGAAUAUUUGGUCAUAAGCCCACACCUAAACUGUGGUCAGUAGCAGGUCAUGUACCCGAUUGCUUAGAUCCAGAUUUCGAAGAGUAUUUUACACUUGGUCCUAUAGCCCGCUACGCUGAGGACUUAUCUUUACUUUUAAAAGUAUUGAAACAGCCUGGAGCCCCUGAUGUACCAUUCGAUAAACCUGUAGACAUAACAAAACUAAAAUUUUACUACAUGGAAGGUGAUGGAAGUAAUGUAUCGAAUUCUAUUGGAUCCGAUGUUAAGAACGCAAUGAACAGAGCUAAAAGUUAUAUAAAGAAUACAUACAACAUUGAAGUUCAAGAGCUUAAAAUUAAGAACAUCGAACAUAUGUGGGAAAUAGGAAUCAGAGUCCUCUUGAACAUUAGAGAUGUUCGUAAUAUUUACACGGAUCCAGAGAACCGGGAAAAAUGGAUAUCAAUGUGGCCUGACGUUCUAAAGAAAAUGUUCGGAUUGUCCAAUCAUAACUUUUUAUGCGUAGCAUACGGCCCACUGAAAAAAUUUUUCGAUGCUUUGCCAAAGAGUUAUUACAAAAAUUUACUUACCAUUUUUGAUGAAAUUAAAAGUAAAUUUGAGAAAGCUCUAUCAGACAACGCAGUACUAUUAUUCCCGACGUUUCCAUAUCCAGCUCACAAGCACUACAGAAUAUAUUACAAAUUUUUAAAUUGUGGCUAUUUAACAAUAUUUAGUGCAUUGGGCUUACCAGUGACUGCUUGUCCUAUAGAAUUAACAAAUAAGGGACUACCAGUUGGAAUACAAAUUGUAGCAAAUAAAUGUAAUGAUCAUUUGACGAUAGCUGUUGCUAAAGAAUUUGAAAAGGCAUUCGGUGGAUGGGUACCGCCAAAUAAAGAACUUGAAGGUUACAUCAAGACUGCUUAGGGUUUAAUUAAGUAAUUAAAUAGAUACGAUUAAUUUAUUAUAUAAGUCGAGUAUGUAUUAUAUUUAUGUUGACAUUUUUAUAUACAGGGUUUAAUUUUGAUGUUUCUAGCUAAGAAUGUAGGUACUUACAUAAUUAUAUUAAUACUUCUUGCGUAAUCUGUACAAGAUGUUAUUUUAAUAAAGCGACAUUUUUUUGUAUCAUUGUCUCGCCAUCAAUAAAAAAAAAGAUAAAAAAAUUGCAUUGUAGAUCUUUAUUAAUAUGAUUUUAUUACGACUUCAUUUAAAUACUAAACUAUAAAUUCCAAACAUCAUGCUAAAAAAUAAUGUAUAAAGAGCUAUAAUAAAUUCAAUAAUACCAUUUGGUUUUAACAUGUGUAAAUGCUAAUUACUGUACAAAUGAAGCCGAUUCUAUCAUUAAUAAUACCUGAGGAAUUUAACACUUGUACCAAAGAGUUUUGUGAUGUAGUGAAAUUCCGAUGUAUUGUAGAGGAGCUUGAUUCCUAGAUGUUCCCAAACAAUAAGUCCUAUAGCUUGUUCAGGUCUAGAACCUUUGAGGUAGUCUUAACCUAAAGAUAAAUAUAGCUAUCAGACAUAAAUAAAGCUUAAGGGACUCUUUGAGUUUCAGACCUGACUUACCAAUAUAGUGUUCAAUAAUGAUCAUAUUCAUUAAAGAUCUAGUGUUCAAUUGAAAUAUUAAUAAAUUAUGUCAAAGGUAUCACUGUAAAUAAUUAAAAUAAUUAUUUAAAUAGAAACAGGAGGUAAUCGAGGUGCAUAUUUAGAAAUAUGUGUAAUUUCGAUGUAUGAUGUAAAAUCCUAAUGUUGUAUGUUAUGUAAAUUUUGUACUUUAUCACAUUAAUAAGUUAUUAGUGUAAAAUACACUGUGUAACUAUUAAUUUAAAAAUCUCUUAUUCGUAUUACAAUGACAAAGUACUAAAAUAUUAGGCUAUUAUUAUAUUUAUUUAUUAAAAAUAGUAAACUAUUUUUAAUAAACAAAUAUAUUUAAUAAACUUAACCGUUAUUGCAUUCCAAUACUUUCGUCCAAAAUCUUAUUUUUACAAUUUACUUAGAUAAAAAAUAUUUGAUGACCAUAUAAUUAAAUACCUAAUUAUAAUAGGUACAUAUGUAUACACCUAGAAAAUUAAGUUAGUCCUAUUUUUUUAAUUCAUAACUAAUGAAGCCAUAUGCGGUUUUUUUUUCAAAAAUAAUCAUAUUCCAUCCCACCUUAUUUUUGAAACAAAUAAUCUGAAUAUUUUAUUCCAGUAAUUUAAAGGGGAUAUUAUGACAUGACUAAUUAAAAAAUUGUGAUAAUUGAGCAUAUGCCAAUAUAAUUUUAUUUUUAAUAUGUA